GCACAUGCAAGUCUCCAUGCUCCUAUAUUAUGCCCAAAGAGAGGGACUAAACCCCACCAUGCAUUCACUGUGACCUAAUAAACCCCCCCAAAACAAGCACAACACACAUCAAACCACACGUCUCUCAUACCUAAUAUACCUCUGUUUUGCUCUAUGGAUCACCAUAACAUUGACAUUUCCGUCCCACCUCCUCAUAUUCAUCCAAACUACUCUAUGGGAGGAGAAGCCGGAGAUGACCCGAAUUUCGAAAAAGACUUGGAGGAGCUCAGAGAGACCUUUAACUCCGGAAAGACCAGAGAUGCAUCUUGGAGGAGGUCUCAGCUCAAAGCAAUGCAGCUUCUCCUUAAGGAGACGGAAGACGAAAUCUUCCACGCUCUUAAACAAGAUUUGGGGAAGCCUCGGUGUGAAGCUUAUAGAGAUGAGAUUGGAACUGUAACAAAGUCUGUACAAUAUGCACUGGGCAAUUUAAAAUAUUGGAUGUCCGCGAAGAAGGUUAAUUUGCCUUUAAUUGCAUUCCCUGCAACCGCAGAGUUGAUUCCUGAACCGCUUGGUCUUGUCUACAUAAUUUCCUCAUGGAACUUUCCCUUUGGGCUAUCUCUGGAACCGAUAAUCGGGGCAAUAGCUGCUGGAAAUGUUGUGGUUCUGAAACCAUCAGAGUUGGCUCCUACAUGUUCAGCAGUUCUGGCUAGUGUGAUCGACAAGUACCUUGACAAUAAAGCUAUCAAAGUCUUUCAAGGUGGUGUUUCUGUUGGCCAACAACUUCUUCAACAUAAAUGGGACAAGAUUUUCUUCACAGGUAGUGCUCAAGUGGGGCGACUGGUUAUGGCGGCAGCUGCUAAUCAUCUUACACCUGUCACCUUAGAAUUAGGUGGUAAGUGCCCUGCAGUUGUGGAUUCCAUCUCUGGUUCUUGGGACAGAGAGUCUACAUUUAAGCGGAUUCUUGGCGGGAAAUUUGCAUCAUGUGCUGGUCAAGUCUGCAUAGGAGUUGAUUACAUUCUUGUGGAAAAGAGAUACUUAUCCACCUUGGUGUCAAGGCUCCAGAUAUGGAUCAGGAAAAUGUUUGGGGAUAAUCCGAAAGAAUGUCUAGCACGGAUAAUAAACAAACAUCAUUUCAUAAGAUUGAAGAAUCUGCUGAGUGAUCCUCUUGUAAAAGCUUCUAUCCGACAUGGUGGUUCUUUAGACGAAGCUAAUUUAUUCAUUGAGCCGACGAUACUGGUAGAUCCCCCACUCCAUUCUGCUAUCAUGACAGAGGAGAUAUUUGGUCCAUUGCUUCCUAUCAUCACAUUGGAUAAGAUUGAAGACAGUGUUAAGUUUAUCAAUUCGCGGCCUAAACCACUUACAAUCUACGCUUUCACAAACAAUGAGAAGCUGAAGAAGAUGCUGAUAGCAGGGACAUCAUCCGGAGGCAUAACAUUCAACGACACAUUAGUUCAACAUGCCGCGGACACCAUCCCAUUUGGAGGCGUGGGAGGAAGCGGAUUUGGAAGGUACCAUGGAAAAUUCUCUUUCGAUACCUUCAGCCAUGAGAAAGCCAUUUUGAGGAGAGGCUUUCUCACAGACUUCUGGUUCAGGUUUCCGCCAUGGGACGAUAAAAAGCUGCAGCUCUUUAGAGAUGCUUACAGAUAUGACUACAUUGGUAUAGCUCUCACUUUCUUGGGCUUGAAGAAAUAGUGAUUCCUUCCGCGUUGCCUGUAUUUACUUUGAGUUGAUCAAAGCUAAGCUAAUGAAAUAUCGGAUUUGUGUUAAACAAGACCCUGUAUUGACUAUGAAUUACCAUUACAAUGUUAAAUGCCAAUUAAUUUUAAUGCAGGUAUAAGAUUUUUUGUAUUUAA